GCCGGGCGAGUCGUGGGGCUGCUGCUGGUGAGUGCCGCGUGGGACUCUGACCUGUGGGAGCCUCUGGCUGGGGCCGCUGCCUGCCGGUUGUGCUACUGAUGAUACCUGGAGCCCAAGCGAAGUGUGGGGAGAGAGAAUACUCUCAUGAAGGUCUCUGCUGUGUAUUUUGUGAAGCGGGUACUUUUGUUGCUGAUCACUGCAGUGUUUCGCAUUUGAGAGGAAAAUGUGACCCUUGCAUGGAAGGAAAAGACUUUACUGCCCAUGCGAAUGGCUUGGAGGAAUGCUUGCCUUGCAAACAGUGCAAAGAGGGUCAGAUAACUCUGAGACCCUGUACUCUGACACAGGAUGCAGAAUGCCAGUGCAAACAUGGGUAUUCCUGUGCUGAUGAGGGCUGUGAGAUGUGUCAGAGAAAUAGUCAAAUGCAUCCAGAUGGGAAAGAAAUCGCACCGAAUUCCACUGAUGCUACAGACCCGGGCUUACCCAAUCAAGGGAGGGAAGCCCUUGUUUGGGUUAUUCCACUGAUUGUGGUGGUGUUGUUUGGUUUGGGUUUGCUAAUUGUUAUUGUUAAAAAGCUGAAGAGUAAUAAAGCUUCCUCAACUGAUAAAGAUGCAGAGGGAGGUUGGAUCCCUGGUCAGAUGUGUUCCUGUGUCAGAUGUGAUGCAAGAAGCUGUGAUUCGUACAAGGUCCAUAAGUGGCUCAAAUAUGUCAAACACCCUGAAUUUUUUGUUGGAUUGUGUCUCCCCUCACAUCCUGGCCAGAUUUGCAGCACUUCAUCUAUUUGUAGAAGCUGAUGAAGAAGUGUGACAAAAAACCUGGUCAAAAUGCUGUAGCAUAGGAAUAGGCGAAUAUAACAUCUCUUUAAUUUGAAUAAAAUGAUUGUAGAAUGAUGCAGCUACAAAUUGCUGCACGGCGCCACUUCUCUCAUGUUAGAGCUGUCAUAGGCAGAUGCAAGGUCUGCACUUGGAGUGCUCAUGCUGCUGCAAGAGGUUAUUUGCUAAGGAGAGUUACACUGAUGCAGUUCUGAGACUGAGUACUUUGACACCUACACACCUUCCCUUCCAAAGAACCAGUGAAUUCAUGCUGCUCUAAUGCCCCCUAACAACUGCUGAUAUUGAAUAGGUGGUGCUGGAUUUUGAAACAAAAUGUCAGCCAUGCUGUGCUCUUCCAGUCACUUGUU